AUGCUUUUGAGAUACGAGGAGGAAGUUCUCCGGGAAUGUGAUGGCCAGAGCUGCCUCCUUGUCAUGGCCGGCGGGCUGAACAUCCAGGGAAUCAUGGUGGAGAUGGCAAGGCAGUAUCUGAAUAAGAACAGUCUUGCACUCUUGGUAAACUUUAGUGGCGAGGACGAGUCUCUGCUUCUGAGGACGGAGUCGCCCUUCCUCCAUGACAUAAGAGCCUUGCAGAGACCAAAGAGAAGAGAGAAGUACCUCUGCGGAGGCGUGUGCAUUGCAAGCAACCGCGUGUUUCUUGCAGACAUGAUCGACGGGACGAUCGAUGCCGAGAAAAUAGACUGCAUUCUUGUCAAUAAUGUCGAGACGAUCACAGAGACGUCGUCAGAGUCGUUUAUCAUCCAUGUCUUCAGGUCGAGGAACAGGACUGGUCUCAUAAGGGGGUUUUCCGAAUCUCCUGUGCCUCUUUCGCUUGGAUUCUCUCCGCUGGACAGAAAGAUGAGAAGCCUGAAGGUGAGCAAGGCAGUUUUCUUUCCACGGUUCCACUCCUUGGUUGAGGAGUCCCUGAAUGGUGACAUGGAUGUUGUCGAGAUUAAGUUCCGGAUGUCCGAGAGGAAGAGCCAGCUCCAGGUGGUCCUUUUGGAGAUUAUUGGGAGUCUUCUUCGGAUGGUCUUCAGGGGCUCUGGAAGGGAAGAGGUCGACCCCGAAACCAUCAUAUUUGGAAGUAUCCACAAAAUCUUCAAGCAGAUGAGUGUUUCGAACAGCAGGAUAAUGGAGGAUCUGUACGACAUGCGAGGACUGGUUUUUCUGCUAUUCUCGAGUGAUCCCGGAUCAUUCUACGGACACGUCAAGGAAGUCGUAAGGAAACAGGUGGAGCUGGAAAAGGAUAGCACGUGGAUCAACCUGCCUGUCUCCCAUGUUCUUGUUGACAAGGCACAGGAGCAGUUUGAGGAGGCUGUUGAAAAGACAAAGGGACUGGAUGGAGAGGAUGAUUGUGGAGGAAAGGAGGGGGAGAGGGCUGAGGAGACGGUCUUUCUGCCUGGGCUGUCCAAUGCCAGGCUAAGGGCCUUCUAUGCCUUGAACCCAAAGAUCAAAAAGUUGGUGGAAGUCCUGCAGGAGGUGAAGGAGGCACCGUCUGUGGUUCUUGUUUCUAAUCAUGUUGUAAAAAGGAUGCUGUCAAGGGUUCUUGUUGCAUUUGACCUUGCCUCGGAAGAGAGCCUUGAGAAAUGCAAUGGUGUGUUGAAGAUUAUGACGCACUACGAGUUCAAGUACUACGGAGAGGAAUACGAAAACGUGAUCUUUGUCGAAUCCGGGCAGGACAGCGUCCGGAAGAUAGAAAGAUAUGGAGUGGCGCAUUCUGUCAAAGUAUUCUUCCUAAUGCACACCGGGUCUCUGGAGGAGCAGAGGUACCUGAACGAAAUAAGAAGGGAAAAGGCAUCGUUUGAGAAGCUUAUAGAGGAAAGAUCAAGGCUUCCUCUGCGCUUGGACGACGUGGACGAUGCAAUUGACCUGGAGGAAUAUGAGCCGGCGGAGAGGGAGUAUGUGGUUGUGGUCGACUCAAGGGAGUUGAGAGCCGAGCUUCCUUUCUUUCUGUUCAGGGCAAGGAACAGGAUCUGCAUUUCCACUCUUCCAGUCGGAGACUACCUCGUAAGCCCCACAACCUGUAUCGAGAGGAAGUCGAUUCCUGAUCUUGUGUCGUCCCUGAACUCCGGAAGGCUCUAUCUACAAGCCAGCAUGCUGUGCCACAGAUAUCCUCGCCCUGUCCUUCUUCUUGAAUUUGAUGGGAGGCCAUGUCUAUCUGACUACUAUCGCUAUGAUCAGGACACAUUCAAGAACAGCCUUGUGGCAAAGCUUUCUCUGCUCCUGUUCAACCUUGGAGCGCUGAGGCUCAUCUGGUCUGAGUCAAGACUGUUCUCCACGAAGAUAAUAAGAGAUCUCCAGAGGAAGGAGGACGUGUCGAGUGCCGUGGAAGGACACAAAAUGGACCCGGUGCUCCAUGAAAUAUUGCUUAGCAUUCCUGGGAUAACGCAGUUUAAUAUUUCGAGGGUCAGAAGAUACUUCAGAAGCCUGAAGGACCUUGUGUUCUCCACGAUGGAGCGUCUUGAGGUGGCUCUUGGGAGAGAGAAUUCUGCUCUUAUCUAUGACUUCUUUAGGCAGGAGGUUGGAAAUGGGAAUAAAACAAAUGGGGAGGCAGGGGAGAGACCCGAUGGAUGA